CACUUUAUUACAAUAGCAGCGCUAGUCUGUACAGGGCGGCAGCCUGUGAUGGCGUCAUUGAGUACUAAACCAGCGGCGCUGCAUACGUCACUGGGUGACGUCACGGGAUUUCAGAAGCUGGUCGGCGACAAGUCCGUACAGGUUUUCUAUGGGAUCCCUUAUGCCCAACCUCCCGUGGGAGAGCUGAGGUUUAAACCUCCGGUGCCGCAAGAGCCGUGGUCCGGCACCAAAGACGCCACCCAGAAACCAAAUUCCUGCUGGCAAGAGAUUGACGAGGCGUUCGAUCGUUUCCCGGGGGUGGAGAUGUGGAACCCCAACACGGCGAGAAGCGAAGACUGCCUGUACCUCAACGUCUGGCGGCCGUCUUGCUCAGUCGGCUGUAACGAACCCAAACCGAUAAUGGUGUGGAUAUACGGCGGAGGUUUUUCUUCCGGCACCGCGACGCUUGACGUCUACGACGGCUCGUAUUUAUCCGCAUUCAAUGACGUCAUCGUCGUGUCCAUUGCUUAUAGAAUCGGCGCGAUGGGUUUUUUGUUUCUCAACAGCCCCGACGCUCCAGGUAAUGCUGGACUUCUGGAUCAAGCUCUGGCGCUUAAGUGGGUGAAAGACAACGCCGUCAGCUUAGGAGGGUCAGCAGACGACAUCACGCUAUUCGGAGAGAGCGCCGGUGCCGCUAGCGUUGGGUUCCACCUUCUUUCGCCCGUAUCACGUGACCUGUUCACCUACGCCAUCAUGGAAAGCGCCACGCCCCUCGCCGGCUGGGCGGUGCAGGAGCACUCGCUCGCCCUCAAAAGAGCUUCAAACUUCGCCCUCAGUCUCAACUGUACCGCAGGCGAUGUGGCUUGUUUAAGAGACGUCCGCCCCGAGGUGAUCAGCCAAAAACAGUGGGAACAGACCUCGUAUUAUUUCGAUGUGCCGAUGGGUCCUGUCGUGGACGGCUACUUCCUGCCUGACCACCCCCUGGACAUGAUACGCCGCGGUGACAUCAAAAACACGAGUGUGAUACUCGGUGUCAACAAAAACGAAGGGCUCUACUUUGACCUGUACGGCUUCAAAGAAGAUUUUCCACUCGAUGACAACGGCCAACUUACAGAAACCCAGUACAACAACAUUCUCCAAAAUAUAUUCGAAUCCGACGAAACGGUGAUUGAGAAAGUCAAACGGGAAUACGCUAGAAACGCCAGCAUCUCCUACACGAACAGGGUUGACGCCAUAUCCGGUGAUACGCUUUUCAAAUGCCCCGUUAUAAAUUUUGCCCAGGAGUUUUCAAAAAUUGGCGGGAAAGUUUACCUGUACAAUUUUGAACACCGUGUGAGUAGCAACCCCUGGCCCAAGUGGCUGGGCGUGGCCCACGGGUAUGAGAUUGAGAUCGUCUUUGGCUUGCCUUUAGCUCCGAGCUCGAAAUACACGGAUCAGGAGAGGGAGCUGAGCUCGGGAGUGAUGUCAAUGUGGACGAGGUUUGCUCAGAGUGGCAAUCCCAACACGGACGGCGAUGUCGUAUGGCCACCGUACACAGCAGACGACCAACGUCAUAUUGACAUAGACUCGGCUGGCAUCAGAGAAGACAGGAACUUGCGGCGGCACGAGUGUGCGUUCCUGGAGGAACUUUAACUGUAUGCGUUGUGUUGGGAAUAUUUGGUCAAUGAUUGAAUCUUAAAAAACCAACAAGAUUGGCUA